AUGACGACCAUUCACCACAAGCAGAUGAGGCAGGAGCAUGUGUCCAUGGAGUUCUCCAGCUCCACCACCCACGUGCAGACCUCGCAGACAACCAAGAUUGUGGGAGAGGAAGCUGUGACGAGGAAGUCACCGAGCACUGAAGUGUUCUUCAGUUUGGUGACUCAGAGUUCCAACAUCCCUGAAGGCGAGAGUGUCCCCAAGUUUGUGCAGACGCCUCAUCCAGGCACCACGCCCGAGGGGGAUAAAGCUGUGUCCCGAGCACUGGUGCGAAACCCCAAACCCAACAUCUGGAAGAGGGAAAGCGGCAUCCUCAAGGAGUCCGCCAAGAUGUUCUCCGGCAGCAUUAACAAGGAGCACGUGCUGAAGCUGGAGCCACUCACCACGGAUGACUCUGACAACUACAAGUGCAUUGCAAGCAAUGACCAUGCAGCUGCCAUCCACACUGUGUCCUUGCUAGUGACAGAGGGUCAAGAUAAAAUGGAUUUCAAAAGAUGUCGAAGAAGAGGUGAGGGCCCCCCCGCUCCCAAGAAAAAGCAGAAGAAGGUGACAUAUGAGGAGGAGAUGCUGGAGAUUUUGUCCAAGGUACCCAAGAAGGACUUUGAGAAGGUCUGCAUGGAGUACGGUGUCACUGACUUCCGGGGGCUGCUCAAGAAGCUCAAAGGGAUGAAAAACGUAGAGGUGGAGGCCAUCCAGAUUCUGAAGCCCCUGGAAGACAUAGAGACCAAGAUUGACACCGCAGUGACCUUUGGCUGCAUCAUGGAGCUGGAGGAUCCCAAUACCAAGAUGACAUGGGUCAAGGGGAGUGAACCACUGAGGACCCAGUACUCCCUGGGCAAGUACGAUGUGAAGCAGGUGGGCACCAAGUACAUGCUGGUUACUACCAACGUGAACAUGAGCAAUGCAGGUGUCUGCACCCUGAAUGUGGGCGACAAGCGGAUGACUGCAGAGCUCAAAGUGCUGGAUGAGCCACUGAAGUUUUUGGGAGAGAUGAAGCCAGUGGAGGUGAUAGAGCACCAGACAGCUGUGUUUGAGAUUCGCCUCUCCAAGAAAGUGCCUAACGUUGUGUGGGAGUUCAAUGGGAAGGAGCUGAAGAGGGACGAAAAGUAUGAAAUCACAGUGUCCGAGGAUGGUCUGACCCACACACUUAAGAUUAAGGAUGCCAGACUCAGUGACAGCGGUGAGUUCUCUGCCAAGGUAGGGGACCUGGCACAGAAGGCCCAGCUCACUACUGACUGCAUCCCCAUCAAGUUUGUGAGCACCCUCAAGAAUGUGUACGUGAAAGAGAGGAGCUGGGCGUGCCUUGAGUGUGAGCUGACAUCCAAGGAUGCGAUGCUGCACUGGAAGAAGGAUGGGCGGCUGCUGGCGCGUGGCACCAAGUACAGCAUGAGCCAUGAGUGCAAGCGGGCAGAGCUGAUUGUUGAGGAUGCACAGCUCAGUGACGGUGGCGAGUACACUGUGGUGGCCAUGCAAGAUGGGGACCCCACUGAAUACUGCAGUACUGCCAUGGUCACCGUGGAGGAGCAUCUGGCCACGGUGAAAAGUGGGAUGUCCAACGUGCAUGCGGCCACCAGCAGCCCGGCUGGGCUGUGGGUAGUACUGAAGAAGGCGGAGGGUGUGUGGCUGAAGGAUGGCAAGGAGAUCAUGGACUUGCCAGGCGUGCAAAUAGUGAAGCAGGGUGUGGUGCAUAAGCUCAUCUUCCCCAAUAUGGGCCCCGAGCAUGAGGGCAAGUACACAUUCCGGGCCAAGGGCGCAGAGAGCGAAGCCUCGGUAUUCAUUGCAGAUCCUCCUACCAUGGACCCCUCGGUACUGGAGACACUCGCUAUGCCUGUGACAGUGAAGGUGGGCCGCGCGGCAAACAUCAAGGUGCCCUUCCGGGCAAAGCCACUUCCCAAGGAGACGUGGUACAAGGACGGUAUGGAGGUGACAGAGGAGGAAUGAGUGUCCAUGGAGCACAAGGAAGACCAGGCGCUGCUCACCAUUUCCAACUGCGUGCGUAAGGACAGCGGCCUUAUCCUGCUCAAGCUCAAGAAUGACCAUGGCUCAGCCACAGCCACUCUGCACCUUAGCGCACUGGACUGUCCCAAGCCUCCCCAGGGCCGAGUGGAGUUCCUGGAGCUGUCCGGUAAUUGUGUGCACGUGAAGCGGAAGGCCCCAAAGGACAAUGGUGGGCGGCCUCUGAACCAGUUCAUAGUGGAACGGAGGGCAGUUGGCAAGAAGUCCUGGAUUAAAAUAGGUGAAGUGGACGGCAAAAUCACCAAGUUCUCCACCGACAAAGUAGAAGACGGAAAAGCCUACCAAUUUCACAUCGUAGCUGUCAAUUCAGAAGGAGGGAGCAACCCCCUGGAGACAGAUGAAGUGUAUGCAGGAAAUCCUGUAGAGCCUCCUGCUUGCUCCCAGCCUCAAGUGACUGAUGUGACCAAAGAGACUGUGAACAUCACAUGGAAUGCCCCCACCCAGGAUGGGGGAGCUUCAGUGCUGGGCUACAUUGUGGAAUGGAGGAAGAAAGGCAGUAACCUGUGGGUGCCAGUCAACAAGGACCCCAUCCAGGGCACCAAGUACACAGUGGAUGGUCUCCUGGAUGAUACAGAAUAUGAAUUCCGAGUUAUAGCUGUAAAUAAGCCGGGCCCUGGACACCCCAGCAUGCCAUCCAACUCAGUGGUGGCCAAAGACCCUGUCAAGCUCCCAGGCCUGGUGCAGGGCCUGCACGUGUCUGAUUCCUCCAACUCUAGCAUCUCCCUGGCCUGGCGGGAGCCUGCAGAAGGUGACCCACCCUCCAGCUACAUCCUGGAGAUGUGGGCUAAAGACACCAAGGAGUGGUCCAAGUGCACAAAUCCCAUCUCGGGCACCUGCUACAUGGUGGGAGGCCUCACUGAGAGGCAGAAAUACUUCUUCCACAUCCGGGCUGUGAAUAAGCCUGGGGUUGGGGAGCCUAUGAAGCUGGACGAGGGGGUCUGGGACAUGCCACCACCAGCUGCACCCAAGUUUGACCACAGUGCCCGGCUGAAGAGUCACAUGGUGGUUCAUGCAGGGACAGCCCUGUGCAUCCCUGCUGCCUUCUCUGGCUCACCACCACCCAAUGUGAUCUGGCUGAGCAUCCCCACCAAGGGCAGGGAAGCCAUCACCAAGGGCAAAAACCACUCCCAGGUCCUCAUCAACAGCACCAAGCGCUCCGACUCAGGCAUGUAUUGCAUCUUGCUCCAGAAUGAGUUUGGAGAGGUGCACUAUGACAUCCAUGUAUGAGUGGCAGAUAUUCCACGGCCACCCACAAACCUACAGUUGUUUGAGGAGGUUCCCAACACAGUGACUCUGACAGGGAACCACAGCCCUGACGUGCAGGAGGACGGUGAGGCCCACUGUGUCAUCUUGAAACAGGAUGCCAGCACUGCCACCUGGUUCACAGCAGCAGAGCACGUCUUCAGCAACAAGUACACAGUGACAGGAUUGCUUCCUGGCAGGAAGUACUACUUCCGAGUGUUGGCCCAGAAUGAAAUCGGUGACAGUGACCAGCUGGACUCCAAGGAUACUUGGCUCAUCAACAAGGACAACAUCGAAGACCUGAGAGCCAAGCUGAAGCCAUACCAGCAGAAGGACUGGCGCCACGCACCGCGCUUCCUGACUCCGCUGAAGCCACACAUGGUGCUGCAGGGCCAGGACUGCACCAUGACCUGUGCCUUCCUUGGGAAUCCACGGCCCAUGGUAACCCUCUACAAGGGCGACGUUAACAUCAUGGCCAACUCCAGGUUCUGGUACAACUCCACCAGAGACGUCUGCACAAUUGUCCUCCCAACCUGCACGCUCAAGGACAGCAGCGAGUACAGCGUUCUGGUGGAGAAUGAGCUGGGCAAGGACUGUAGCAGCUGCAGGCUCACAGUCUAUGACAAAGAUGACAAGUCAAUUUUAGCAUCAGUUACCAAGAGUCUACAGAAGAAAUCAAAGUACCUUAUGUGAGCUUCAGCCCAGUCCGGGCAUUGGGAUGUUGUGAUGUGGGGCCUCUUGGCCUCUCCUCCGCAUGGUCCCAGUCAGGGAAGCCCAGUUUGCUCUCUGGUGCUUGUCAGUGUAAACAUUCCGUGAAGGGAUGGGACACUAAAAUGACCGAACUUACCCUUUCCUGUUCCUGAGGAUGGUAUACAGCAGAGACCAUGGAGGUGGAAUGGGGAU